AUGGAGAGCCCUAAAUAUUUCAUCAGCUGGGGGUCAGAGAGAGGAGCGCUAUUAGGACGAUUCGAACCCCUCCGGUCAUAUCGCCAUGAUCUCGUUCGGUCUUAUAGAGAGGCCCUCAAGACAGCUCAAACCUUCACACAGUACUUUUCGGAACAGCCGCUGAAGAGUUACGACCUGGAAAGGUCGCUGAGCAAGAAUAUGGGCUGUGACCCUUCAGCCUGGAAUCAAGAUGCAAAUACCAUAUCGAUUUGUUGGUUGGACAUUGUUCGUCACGGCGAUUUCCAGAAACAACCUGAUGGAUGUUAUUAUUGCUUCAUUCAAGGGAGGGCCCUUAAAUUCAAUCAUGAAUUGCGCGAUAGGGUCGAGUUUUGCCGAAGCCAUGCCCCCCAAAUUUCCAACUCGGGACCGAGCCGCGCAGAUGUGGAAAGGGAAGCAGAGAUCACUCUGGAGGUAUUGACUGAUAUCUCCGACGAGCUAAAAGACUUCUUAAGAUGUCAGUAUCUGCCACUUAUCAAUAACCUUGAUGCAAGUAUGAAUCUAACUGAAACAGAUACGAAGAGUCUAGCAAAGCUUAAACGAGCAGUGAAGAUACGCCAUAACGAGCUCCAAUCUCUCCUAGAUCCUAUCAUAAUUGGAUCAAGCGGAGCAGAAUCGGAUUCCGACGACGACAAUGAGGAGGGUUCGGACAGUUCCUCUGGAGACUCGAGUGAGGAUGACGAAAUGGAUGACGAAAACAAAGAUAGGGUCCCGGAAGACAAGGUCCCAGAAGACAAGGUCCCAGAAGACAAGGUCCCGGAAGACAAGGUCCCGGAAGACAAGGUCCCAGAAGACAAGGUCCCAGAAGACAAGGUCCCGGAAGACAAGGUCCCGGAAGACAAGGUCCCAGAAGACAAGGUCCCGGAAGACAAGGUCCCAGAAGACAAGGUCCCGGAAGACAAGGUCCCAGAAGACAAGGUCCCAGAAGACAAGGUCUCAGGGGAAAAUGGGACACGAGAUGACAGUUACAAGAAUGUCUGCAGUCAGCAAAGCAACAGUAACUCUGGUAAUGGAGGCAAUGCGACACCAGCUGGUGACAGAGUUGUUCCGUUGAACCCUUUGCCCUUGGGAACUUCAUCCUCGACGUCUCUGCUAGGGGAGGGUGAGAAUGUCAUCUCAACAUCUCAUAUUCCUCUGCCAGGCGACACUGAAAAAGCUAUCUCGGUGAACUCUGCACCUUCGAGAGAUUUAUCGACUAUCAAUUUACCAACGGAGAGUGAAACCAUCCCGACAGAUCAUAUGUCCCCGAAAAAUGGUCCCGAGCUGGAUAUGCACCCGCGCCACAGACGCAAAACGCCCUUUGAAAGUGAGAACCCACCUCCCCGCGCAUCGAAGCGGCAGAGAUUCAUCCUUCCAUAUUACCGACCGAAAAGAGUACGGAAGCCCGAUCGAUCCUCUACCCACGAAGAGAGAAUGAUUGCUGUUGCCUGGAUGAAGGCCAAUUCAAACAAAAAUUGGAACCAAGUGACAUUGGCAAGAAAUUACAGCAUCGAAUUUGGCGACAGAUUUGGCCACACAAGAAGCUAUGCGACUCUAAAAAGAUGGAUGGACAACGAAGAGAAUUCUCAAGUGGACAGCAAUGUUGUGGUAUUAAAAGUCCCGCAUAUGCGCCUUCAUGGGGCAUUGCCGAAUGGCAUUUCUACAGAGCAAGCGAUGGACCUUUCAAACAAUGGCAAUACCCAGGUGCCAUCAUUACUUCCACGUGGGGGGUUGGAAAAUUCACAGAACUGGACGGAUGGUCAUAACAUGGCCUUCCAAGGUCAGCUUCCCAGCGCCCCUUGUUAA